AGGCGUCGCUGACGCAGACUCCGCCGACUCCGGCGGUCUCCACUGCGCAGACGGGCGCAGGUGCAGGCCCGCACGGUCCCCGCCCGAGUGCGGGAUGGCGGCCAGCCUGUGGAUGGGAGACCUGGAACCAUACAUGGAUGAGAACUUCAUCUCUAGAGCCUUUGCCACCAUGGGGGAGACCGUGAUGAGCGUCAAAAUUAUCCGAAACCGCCUCACUGGAAUCCCAGCUGGCUACUGCUUUGUGGAAUUUGCAGAUUUGGCCACAGCUGAGAAGUGUUUGCAUAAAAUUAAUGGAAAGCCCCUGCCAGGAGCCACACCUGCAAAACGUUUUAAACUGAAUUAUGCCACUUACGGGAAACAACCAGACAAUAGCCCUGAGUACUCCCUCUUUGUCGGGGACCUGACCCCAGACGUGGAUGAUGGCAUGCUGUAUGAGUUCUUUGUCAAAGUCUACCCCUCCUGUCGGGGAGGCAAGGUGGUUUUGGACCAGACAGGCGUGUCUAAGGGCUAUGGUUUUGUGAAAUUCACAGAUGAAUUGGAACAGAAGCGAGCCUUGACGGAGUGCCAGGGAGCAGUGGGACUGGGGUCUAAACCUGUGCGGCUGAGUGUGGCCAUCCCUAAAGCGAGCCGUGUAAAGCCAGUUGAGUACAGCCAGAUGUACAGUUACAGCUACAACCAGUAUUACCAGCAGUACCAGAACUACUAUGCCCAGUGGGGCUACGACCAGAACACAGGCAGCUACAGCUACAGCUACCCGCAGUAUGGCUACACACAGAGCACCAUGCAGACAUAUGAAGAGGUUGGGGAUGAUGCCCUGGAAGACCCAGCGCCACAGCUGGAUGUGACUGAGGCCAACAAGGAGUUCAUGGAACAAAGUGAGGAACUGUAUGAUGCACUGAUGGACUGUCACUGGCAGCCCCUGGACACUGUGUCUUCAGAGAUCCCUGCCGUGUUGUAGCCAGGACAUAAGGAUCUGGGCUUUUUUUUUUUUUUUUUUGUGAAGCUUUUUAUCUUUUUGAAAAUGGUUUACAAGAUUUUAAUAAUUUACUGUUUUCUGAGAUUGUGAGCCACUUCUCCACUUGUUAUUAUUAAGCCGUAGUGAAAGACAUGGAAUUGUUCCAACAGGAGCUUGGUAGAUCACGUGACAUUUUUAAGACCCUUAGCUGGAGUGCUUGAGAGAAGUUGCUUAGUGGCCAAGAGCACUUACUGUUCUCCCAGAGGACCAAGUUCUGUUUCCAAGUCAGGCAGCUCUGCUACUCUGCAUGAGACUCCAACUGCAAAGAACCCGAACAUCCACUUCUGUAGAUACCCACAAACACAUCUAGAUACCGCCCAGAUCAUUAUGGCACAGGCUUGAUGCUUCUGAUUGCCUACCAGUUUUCCUAAUAAAACAGGUAAUUGUAGCGUAAACCUGCAGUCUCUGCCAUGAAUGGCUGAAUCAAGACUAAAGCCAGCUAGGUAGACCAACACAGGUUCAAACCUGGUUUUAGAGGCUUUUCUGAUUCUGGGAUGAUUGUAAACAUGUUUUUCACACUGU